AUGACAAGCACUAAAGCACGUCGAUGGAAUAUCGCAGAGACGCAUUACGUAACGAAGAGGAAGACGGAAAUGGGUGAAAAGUUUGUGAACAACUACCAACUACUGCAUACGUUGGGUCAGGGUCGAUUUGGCAAAGUAAAGCUCUGCGAAAGACUCUCGAAUCGCGAAAUACCAAGCUCUACUAGUACCAACGAAGUUGAAACUGCUGCCUCUGUUGAUACUAAGGACAAUGGUGAUGCUGCACUAGCGCCAGUAUCUCCACCGGUAUCUUUACCACCUAAGACGCGGCUGUUUGCAAUGAAGAUUUUCUCCAAGAAGAUGCUACAUCGACUUAAAGAUUAUCACGUGGAGUCUGCAGUGGGAGAAGAACGAGGUGAUAAUGCUGAAGAAAAUGCAGCACCUAGGAUGAUGCGUGCAGUGACAGCUAUGGAUCGUGUGUACGAGGAGAUUGAGAUAAUGCGCUCGCUGUAUCAUCGCAACAUUGUGUUGUUGUUUGAAGUGAUCACGGCAGAUGACAGUGAUAAAGUCUACCUGGUGCUUGAAUACAUGGCUUAUGGUCCAUGUAUGGUCUUUCGACCGGAUACAAAGGACUUUUACAGUCGUGUCACGGGUGGCACAUUGCCGGAAGAGCUGGCACGGCGUUACUUGUCGGACAUCCUGCUUGGUCUGCAGUAUUUGCAUCAACGACGAAUUUGUCAUCGUGACAUUAAGCCAGACAACGUGCUACUGAACGACUCGGGACACUGUCAGAUUACUGACUUUGGUUGUGCAAAAGCGUUCAGUGACGUCACGGAGGAUGGAGGAGUGACUGGGGCAACACAUGCCAAUGCUGAACCAGUGCUUCUGUCGGACACAGUUGGAACCUACCAAUUCUCGGCACCGGAGUGUUGCUCUGGUGAGCCUUAUGACCCAUUCAAAGCGGAUAUUUGGGCUGUCGGUGUUGUUUUCUACAUUUUCUUGUUCGGGAGUCUGCCAUUUUCAUCCGAGAGUACACAAGAACUCUUUGAUGAGAUUAUCCGCGCAGAGAUUAUCCUGCCUGGUCCUGAAGAGUCUGGCCGAGAGAUACCACUCUGUCCUGAAGGCCAAGACUUGCUGCAUCGACUGCUCGAGAAGAAUCCAGAGCAGCGGAUAACGAUUGCAGAUGCCCUAAGCCACCCAUGGCUUGUCCAAGAUGAUGAUGUUGAUGAACCUCUUUCGUUUUGA